UGUGACGCCCAUAGCCUCUACCGACGCUCGUUAUAUUCUCCUAUACCGCGCGCAGUUUGCCGUGCUUGGCCGCAUUCGCUAUAUAGUCAAACACACCACGGACACUCUCGCUUUACGGAUGCGUCGAGCACAAUAGCAGCCUCUUGUGUGACGGUUAAUGCCACUUUAUAGACUAUCAAGUAACAUUCCUUGAUUCGGCGCUGGUUGGUGGGCGACAGACGGUACGCAGGGGUCGAGUCUUCAUACGCGCGGGAGCCAGGGCAGUAGCAGCAGCAGCAGCAGCAGCGGGAACGGCGGCAACGGCAGCAGCAGCAGCAGCAGCGGGAGCGGCAUCCUGUCUACUACGACCGCGCACAAACACGGAGGAACUUCUUGAAUAGCUCUAGAUCUACUUCGGGCGGCGUGCGUGUCGUAUACUGUCUCUGCAGCGACCGAGGUCAUCACCGAGCCUUAAGUAAUCAGCGGAGAAGAUUCAAGUGACGCAUCUGUCGGUUUUUUGCACCAGUUCGCCAUCGCAGGCUUCUGUCGAGAAUAUUUGACAACACCUGUCGAAUAUUGUGUUCAGAAAUAUCAAUCGGAGAUAUUUGAAAGCUGGAACCAAGCUAAUGUUUCUAGUGAGUUGUGACCCGUGUGCUUACUCCGAAAAAGGAAGACAUACACACCCACACACAGAUAGAGAGAGACGCCAACUCGCUACUGAAGCCAUUAGAAGAACGACCACAGCCCGACUAUAGACACCGCGUAUAGGAUAACCGAUGCAAAUUAUUGGCGUGGUGUGUCUACUUGGUUGGGAAAUCCUACAUCGUUGCUGAAGUCGCCAGCAUAACCAACGGUUGCCAUUUUGAGGCUCUGAAUGUCUGCAGAAGCAUCGCGGGGUGUGACGAAGAACCAUACCUGUAGAGUGCUCGGGUUACAUAGAGACAGGCUUCAUAAUAACUAGCGUGCCCAGCGCAGUGAAGAGAAUAGAGAGAGAGAGAGAGAGAGAGAGAGAGAGACGAGAGAGAAGAGAGAAGAGAGAGAGAGAGAGAGAGAGAGAGAGAGAGAGAGAGAGAGAGAGAGAGAGAGAGAUAACAUCAUAUCGUGUGAAAUGACCGCGAGUCAAUCAACGGGCACUGAGUGUUGUCCGCCGUGCGCAUGCGCAGACGCCGUAUCGGCAAGAUAAUGAAUAGUGACAUAAGUAGCAUUAGCGUGGUCUGCAAUUAGCAUAGUACUCACACAGGUUGCCCGGUCGUACCGCCCUGUGUCACUGUCUCUCUCGCUGACGUGCGCACGACAGCAAUCGUGUCAAGCCUGAGGAAAACAUACUGAAACUUACAUUACGUUGCUGGGCUAAGGUUAUAAAGAACAACUGCGUUGAGUACCAAGUCGAAAGGCUAUCAUAUCAUCUAAAAGCCGCCGUCAACACGCGGGUUUGACAUACGAACCGACGAUAUUCGAUUCCCGACACAUAUCUCCUACAGAGGGAGCCACCUGCUACACAUCACGUUUCGCAUAUAUUUCUGCCGCCAACCAUGGCCGCCAACUACAGCAGCGUGACGUCAUACAGCAACGCGUCGCUGAACGACACGGACGACGACGACGCCAGGCUCCACCUGGCGUCGAUAAUAGCCGAGCGCAUAUCGAUGACGAUGUACACGAUCAUCUGCAUCGUCGGCAUGGUCGGCAACACGCUCGUCAUCUACGUCGUUCUGCGCUUCGCCAAGAUGAAGACCGUCACCAACAUGUACAUCAUGAAUCUGGCGAUCGCCGACGAGAUGUAUCUCAUCGGACUGCCGUUCCUCGUCACGACGAUGGUGCUCAAACACUGGCCGUUCGGCUUCGCUAUGUGCAAGCUGUACAUGAUUACGGCGAGCGUGAAUCAGUUCACGAGCAGCCUGUUCCUGGCCGUCAUGAGCAGCGAUCGCUACCUCGCCGUCUGCCAUCCCGUCAAAUCCGUCAAGUACCGCACGCCGCUGCACGCGAAGAUCGUGUGCGCGUGCGUGUGGACGAUAUCCGUGCUCGUCAUGAUCCCGGUGAUUAUGUACGCGCGCACGACCGGCGGCGGACCCACCUGCACCGUGCUCUGGCCAGGCGGGCAGCUGAUCAAGGCCGAGAAGGCGUUCGUCGUCUACUCACUGCUGUUGGGUUUCGGCAUCCCCGUCGCACUGACUAUGACCUUCUACGUGAUGGUUCUGCAGCGGCUGAAGACGGUCGGGCCGCGCAAGAAGUCCAAGGAGAAGAAGCGCAGUCACCGCCGCGUCACCAAGAUGGUGCUCGUCGUCAUCACCGUCUACAUCUUCUGCUGGCUGCCCUACUGGUCGCUGCAGUUGCUGCUGGCCCUCGCCAGCGAGAUGGAAGUCAACUCGCUCUACAUUGCCUUAUCUACCUUCGUGUACGCGCUCGCCUACGCCAAUUCGGCCGUCAAUCCGAUUUUGUACGCGUUUCUCAGUGAAAACUUUAAGAAGAGCUUCAUCAAGGCGUUCAGGUGCGCCGCCGGAAAUGACUCCGGAUUCGUCGUCGAGACGAGCACGUUUCCGGGUCGCGGCUCCAAGUCUCGCGCGGAUUCGCGGCGCAGGAAGCACGGCGCCGAUUCCGACGACGAUGACGAGACGGAGUCGACGCAUGUGACGAGCAUGUGCCACUCGAGGGUACACACGGAUCCGAAGAGCAUGCUGCUCACGGAUAUCACCAACGGACAGAACCACACCACCAACAACUUAGAGCCCGACUGCAACGCCACCGCCCUCUAGAGGGCUCCCACGAAAGUAUUCAUCACGUGGGCAAAAACGUCACACGUGCUACUCAGACACAAAUCUGUCCAGCCGUAAGGGAAAUAACGGCCUUACUUUGUUUUGUAUGAGCAGUCUGGCUAUGAUUCAACGUGUGGCUAAAAAUUGCCGAGUAGAAGGUGCGCGCUAAAGCAUGGUGUAUAAGCGUAAGCCUCGUAUAUACAUUACCAAGAAUGCUAGCCGUUAAACAACAACACGGGACAGCGCUGGUUACGUCAAAAGCAAGCGUACGGUGAUCACAGAACCAUUUGUAUGCGGUUAGUAGUAGCUCGUCAUAUGUUCGCGGCUCCUAGCGGAAAUCGCAAUGAUGCGUGGAGAUUUGAAAUGAUAACGGUUAGAUUUGCUCGGAUGUACGUAUAAACGAUGGUGUGACACGGUGUUCUCGUGAACCAUACGGCAACGGGAACUGCAUCGUGUAACGGCAUCUAGUUAAAUUGUAGAAAUAGUAUAAUGACGUGCUAGGUUCACGCUAAGUGUUCUCUCAAUAUACGACUAAAUGUUAUAAACGUGCAAGUAACGGUGCCCGAUUACGUCAUUGGUAAAUGAUGUACAUGUCUUCGUUGUAUCACGUACACAGCCGUAGUGACGUAUACAUAUUAAUACUUAUUAUGAAUUGUGACGUAACCGUUCCUGGUUUAGGUGACUGUGGACAAUGCGCACGCUACCACCUGCGUGCGCGCUACAGCCCACUAGGUAUUUGGUCUGAAUAUCUGUAUUAUACCAAAUUUUGGUUAAAUCAGCUAUAGAACUGUAUGUACUGAACAUUAUUAUACUGUCAGCAAACACCAUUGCUGUCAACUCGGAGCCGAAAUGCUUUUGAUGUAACAUUAACAUGACUGUCGGUGUUGGGAAUUGUUAGAGUGAGGCAUGAAGACGUCUGCUCCCAUACAUAUUGCUCGUGAGUCUGUGUAAGUGAAGCUGUUACUGAUGUUCCACAUGCCAUAGUCGAUCCGCCCGCUGGGUCAUCGAAAUAUGGUUCCCCGUAGAAUUACACAGAGAGAGAGAGAGAGUUGAUGAACUAUAUAGUUAUAUGCUUUAAUAUAGAGCAACUUUGAUAUUGUUUGUAAAUAUAAUAGUCUGCAGAAUGUUGAAGUGAUGCUAUACAAUCACAUACUAAUGUACUAGUCGUAAUUGUCGUCAUCAUCAUCGUCGUCGUCGUCGUCGUCGUCGUCGUCGUCGUCGCUAACGAUGUAGAUGCUUUGAAAUGUUUAAGACAUAUGUUGUGUGCUUGUCAAUAGUAUAAAAGUCGAUACAGUUAUCUGGUACCAAUGAUUUUACACCUUCUUGGGCAUAGUGAACUCUUAAUCUGUUUCUUAAUGUUAUAAGAUCGUGUUUUCUGGUUAUACGGCUGUCGUGUGAGUAGUAUAUAUAUAUAUAUAUAUAUAUAUAUAUAUAUAUAUAUAUAUAUUAUUGAUUGCGCAUGCGCAGCGCAUGUCUCACAGCGUGAACCCCUAAACGAGCGCCUCCCGUGCGCAUGCGUGGAUUUCCUUGGCGCCACAAUCCGCUGCGUCCGGCCGAACUUUCCGGAUGCGGAUGUCAAACAACGGUUCCCUAGCUAGCUGUUUGACAUGGACAUUCUUCCUUCACAUGUCUAGGAAUUUUUACGAGCCUGCCUUAUUGUACUACCUAUACUGCAUGCAGUGUCACCGGUUAUUCGUAUGGAGGAGGCUCAGUGUACAUAUUCUCUAUCGUUUAGUUGUAGUCGGCUGUAAUAAUACGUCCAUGCGAAUAUAGAGUUAUAUAUUAUUGAUGAUACCUGCGCGCAAAUAAACAUGGACAGACUAAUUUACUCCAUUGCUCCCUACCCCGCCGUUAUCCUCCUCUCUCCUUGUCACCUUUUCUCUCUCCCUCUGUCCCUCGCUAGCGGUCCCCGUCUCUCUCAUUUACCCAUUUUCACGUACAAGCACGCACAUUCUCCACUCCCCUCCUUCAGCCAUUUCCCGCGUGUAGUCAAUGACAUAACUAAUACUGUAAUGCGUGAAAUGUAUUGAUUCUGUAGUUAGCGCUUGAGGGAAUUGUUGAUAAAUUAGAAUGGAAAAAGCGGUCUAGUCAUUAAGCUUUACUUCCACAUGAGGGCUAUGUUCUUUAUUCCAACUUUAAGGCACCAUAGCCUGGCGUUAUUGUAACUGUCCCCUUGAGAUUGUGCGGGAAAAUUAUAUAAUAAACCUCAUAAAUGUAAAUAAGCAUAAAAUAUUUAGAACCAAUCAUAGAACGAAUUAUCAGUAAAGCGUCCUAUCAUACACGUGGUUCCUUUUUUGCAAUGCCCAAAACUGUAUUCUCUCGACGUAAAUCAGUUGAGUUACUGCAUCCCCUAUGGAUCUGUUUAGGCCACUGACCUGAACUUGCAUUCUAAUCUAGAUUUAUGUUGAAAUUUUAAUUAUGGAUUUUAAUUAAGACGAAUGAAUGUUUGUUCAAAACCACGUGAAUAAAGAAAUAGUUGCCUUAGAA